UCCAGUCCUUCUCCCAGCCCCAUGGAGGCAGAGCCCCCGGGCCAGAAACCCCCUCGGCGGAGACGCAGCAGGGCCAGCAGCCCGCCCCGCCCGGCGGACGGCACCCCCGGCGUGGCCGCCUCCUGCAGCCGGUACCCCCUGAGGAGGGGCAGCUCCUUCACAUUCCUGACUCCGGGCCCACCCUGGGAUUUCACCCUGAAGAGGAAGCGCCGCGAGAAGGACGAUGACGUGGUGAGCCUCAACAGCCUGGACUUCAAGGAGCCCAGCACCAAGCGGGUCCGGCCCCUGGCUCGGGUCACGUCCUUGGCAAACCUGAUCUCUCCGGUCCGAAAUGGGGCCGUUCGGCGCUUCGGGCAGACCAUCCAGUCGUUCACCCUCCGCAGCGACAGCAAAUCCCCCGGAUGUUCCCAGAAAUCCUGGAGCAGAUCCGCCGCUCCCACGCCCCCGAAAAGAAGGAACAGCGUCCUGUGGUCGGAAAUGUUGGAUGUCAACACCAAGGAGUCCCUGAGCUCCAAGGAAAUCAAGCGCCAGGAGGCCAUAUAUGAGAUGUCCAGGGGAGAGCAGGACCUGAUCGAAGACCUCAAACUCGCCAGGAAGGCCUACCACGAUCCCAUGCUCAAACUCUCCAUCAUGUCCGAGGAGGAGCUCACCCACAUCUUUGGGGACCUGGAUUCCUACAUCCCCCUGCACGAGGACUUAUUGGCGAGUUUGGGAGAGGCAACAAAACCAGACGGGACGGUGGAGCAGAUUGGGCCCAUUCUGGUGAAGUGGCUCCCACGGCUCCACGCCUACAAAGGCUACUGCAGCAACCAGCUGGCAGCCAAGGCCCUGCUGGACCAGAAGAAGCAGGACAGGAGAGUCCAGGACUUCCUGCAGCGCUGCCUGGAGUCUCCCUUCAGCCGCAAGCUGGACCUCUGGAGCUUCCUGGACAUCCCGCGGAGCCGGCUGGUGAAGUACCCGCUGCUCCUCAAGGAGAUCCUGCGGCACACGCCCAAGGACCAUCCCGACAUCCACAUCCUGGAGGAGGCCAUAUCCAUAAUCCAAGGGGUCCUCUCCGACAUCAACCUGAAGAAGGGCGAGUCCGAGUGCCAGUACUACAUCGACAAGCUGGAAUACCUGGAUGAGAAGCAGAAGGAUCCAAGGAUUGAAAGCAGCAAAGCUCUGCUGUGCCACGGGGAGCUGAAGAAUAAAAACGGACAUAAGCUCUACGUGUUCCUCUUCCAAGACAUCCUGGUGCUGACCCGGCCGGUGACGCGCAACGAGCGCCAGGCCUUCCAGGUGUACCGGCAGCCCAUCCCCGUGCAGGACCUGCUCCUGGAGGACCUCCAGGACGGGGAUGUGAAGAUGGGGGGAUCCUUCCGAGGGGCUUUCGGCAACUCCGACAAAGCCAAGAACAUCUUCCGGGUGCGAUUCCAGGAUUCCGGGCCGGGCCAUUCCCACACGCUGCAGGCCAACGACGUGUUCCACAAGCAGCAGUGGGUGAACUGCAUCCGUGGCGCCAUCGCCCCCUUCCAGAGCUCCGCGGCCCCCUCCGAGCUCCAGGAGCUGCCGGAGCUGCGCGAGGAAUCCGAGGAGAACGACCCCUCGGUGCCCAACGUCCCGGCCCGCCGGCGCCGCUCCGGAAUAUCCCACAUGGAGCUGGACGAGGGCGCGGCCGAGCUGGACUCGGGGGAAUCCAGAGCAGGGGGGAAAGCCCCCAGAGCCUCGGCCGGGCUGAGGAGAUCCCGGGAGAAGCGGAAAGAAACGCUGGUGUAGGGAGAAGAGGAGCCCCCGGAGCGGGUUCCUUCCCUCGUUCCCGGAGGGAAAACUGUUUAUUUAUAAAUAACGCCGUGUACAUUUGUGGGAUCGGGGCAGAUCCCGGGGUUCUGUUGGAAUGGCAGCUACUUGGUGUUCGCUCCCCUGUUGAGCUCUGGGGGCUGGUUUUUACCCAGGGAAAAAACCCUCAGGCAAAUCCCAAAGUUGGGCUCUCCUCCUGAAGGGUUUCCUGAAGGGGAGAGAGCCUUUCAGAGUGGAGUCACCUUGUGUGGGGGGUGAUUGUGGCAACCCACAUGGAAAAACCAAAAAAAAACCCCAAACCCAGCCCCAGGUCCAACAGGUUCUCCAUUUACCUACUGGAAUCUUUUCACCUUCCCUUUGUACAUUCCUCGUUUUCGCUCUUGGAUCCUGCCAACUAUUUAAUUUUUUUUUUUCCAGUACUUUUUUUGUUGUUGUUGUUGUUGUUGUUGUUGUGUCCAGUUUGGGAUUUGGGAUUUUUUUCCGGUUGUUUUUGUUUCCUUUGGGGGUUUUUUCCCCCCUUUUUUUUUUUUUUUUUUAACUUUUGUAUUUUGUUUGUCCAGACUUGGCAUUUUUUUUUUUUUCCCUCCCAGUUACUCGAUGAUCCUUCGCGCUCCAGAGGGAGGGAUGUGUGUGUGUGCGUCCACAGCAUUCCCCGUGGAACGAGCAAUCCAGAGGCUGAGGGAGGAGGAGGGAGUUCCUCCGGGGUGUAGGAAGGUUGUAGGGACGUUGUAGAGGGUUUUGGGAGGGGGAGAGGAGCAGUUAGAGGGGAGUAGCAGCGAGCGGAGGUAGAUUUUGUGUUACCGUUGCCUUUUGGGAAUGAAACCCCUUCCCGUGGGAACGAAACCCCUUCCCGUGGGAACGAAACCCCUUCCCGUGGGAAUGAAACCCCUUCCCGUGGGAAGGCAGGACUGGAGGGGCAACCAAGGGGAUUCCUGCAUGUGGUAGAAAGGUAGAGAAGAGGAAGAGUUUGAGGUGUAGGGAGAGGAGAGGGAAUGUUGUAAAUACUCCGACUGCCAGAGAGCCAGGCGGGGGAUCCGGCCCGGAAAUCCCUGGAAUUGCGUGUCCUGUGCCGUGUGUGGCCGCUGGGAGAGGGGAGGAGGGUGCACAUGGACAGCUCUGUAAAUGUCUUGUACAGUUCCAGUGCCAAGAACAUUAAAUUCCUGAUGCCUCUC